GUUAAGACCUGUACACUAUCCCACAGUACAGUAUUCGAGAUCAGACCACAGGACCAGUUCUUCGCCAACAUCCACAGUGGUGAUAGGUGCAGAUAGCUGUGUCUAAAGAUGGAGGGAGAGAGCAGAACACUAGAACCAGGUACUGAAAAGCAACCGGCAAGCAUGGGUCCACUGACAGCCCAACAACUGGCAGCUAUAGAGGAUGAAGAAAUCCUCAAUAAUAUGCUAGAUAAGGCUGUGGAUUACGAGGAGAGGAAACUGAUCCGGGCUGCCAUGAUAGAACUGCUCAAGAGGAAGAGGGAACGGAGAGAUCAGGAGCGGGCAGCCCGAAUGGAGCACUUGCGUCAGCAGGGCAGCGGAGGCAAGACAGCUGCUGGACUAAAAAGGGACCAGAAACCUGCUAAUUGCCCGAGUGCCACGCAGUACAAUGCACACCAGACAGCUCAGGCAAAAACGUUUUCACGACCAACCUCUAGUUUGUCUCCGAAAACUGUGGGCAGGGUUAAAGUGCAGCGUGGCUCCGCAGCCGGUGGCCCGAACACCAAAGAUGUCAAACAGAUGCUGCUGGACUGGUGCCGGGCCAAGACUGAACCAUAUGAGGGUGUGAAAAUCCACAAUUUCUCUUCUAGCUGGGCAGACGGUCUGGCAUUCUGUGCCCUGGUUCACAGGUUCUUCCCAGAGGGCUUUGAAUAUGGCACCCUCGACCCUUAUGACCGCAGGGCCAACUUUGAGAAGGCAUUCAAGACUGCCGAGAGACUAGCUGAUUGCACUCCCCUCCUGGACGUUGAUGACCUAAUGCAAAUGCGAGAGCCCGAUUGGAAGUGUGUGUACACGUACAUCCAGGAGUUCUACCGCUGCCUUGUAGAAAAAGGCCUUGUCAAGACCAAAACAAAGACACCAUAAGUGCAUAUAUUUGUGCACAUUUUCACUGACCAAAUAACUAUAACAGGCACAUAACAUGGUGCACAUGUGACCCAACCAAGGGCGUAGAUUUGGCUUGAAAUUUGGCUUGGGGGGGGGGUAACACAAAAUAUAUGUAAUAUAACAACUUACAUCAACACAGUGAAGCAAAUGAACAGGGGUACUUCAACUAAAUGGCGCACUAAUCAGAAUAUGCGUAAUUUGCGUUGCGUAACUUGUGUUGUGAAUACACCAUAAGAAACACACUACACGCAAUAUCCUUUCACAGAAAAUGAAUAUGUUUCUAAAGCAGGAAGAAUUCAGAGUAAAGUAGGAAAACUUCUAAAAAGUAGCUAAUUCUUCAGUCUAUUCAAUAUAAUUUUAGAAGCUCAGUUUUUUCACAACAAGGACAGUAGGCAACGAAUAGUUAUAUGUUUGAUACAUUAUUAAAUUAGAAAAUGUUUAUGGAUUUUUUCCCUAAAUGUUUGAAUAAUUGAUUAAAGUUUGGUUUGUUACAGUUUGACACACUUUUUUGUCCAUUUUGCACAUCGUCAUCAACUAAAGGUUUUAUUUUCGUUGACUAAACUUUUAUGUAAUUUUCGUCAGACUAAAAUGGACUAAAACUAUUGAAUAUGAAAUUUUUAAAGGACAUUUUCGUCAAAAGACUAAAACUAUGACUAAAACAAAAAACUGUGAAAAAUAACACUGUGGGUGGGGGUUACCCCAGCCCCCCACACCCGGAAUCUACGUCCCUGGACCCAACAGAUAAGACUCUUCAUUAGAAACUGCUGUGUUACAAUUUUUUUUCCAUCUAAAUUCGAACCCAAUGUGUUGAAUUCCAAACAAGAAUUCCAUCCAGCGAAAGUUUAUGCCCCGAAAAACACCUGCGUUGUGCCUUUGAUGUCACACCCCUUUGAUUUGUGGCUAGUGAGAUUUAUACUGUACCACAUUUGCAAAGAAAUAAGUGAAAGAACACAAUGUUUGACUCAGUACUGUUAGGCUUAGGUUUAGGGGUUGGGUUAGGAGGAUAUUAAAGGAAUGUUCCAGGUUCAAUACAAGUUCAGCUCAGUCGACAGGCUUUGUGGUAUAAUGUUGAUUACCACAAAAAUGUAUUUCGACUCAUCCCUCUGUUGUUUAAAAGUGCUCUAAGCUAUUUUUUUUAUGGAAAGGUAUGCAAAGAAAUGUCAUACUCCCUGAAAGAUAUCACUGAAAUGAGUGUCAUGAGAUAUCUCACUGGUCUCUGUGGCAACUAUAGACUCAGUAAACAGCAAACAAAAGGUUAUCUGCGGGCUCUGACUCUUUCUUCCUGUCAAUAAUGUUUUGCUUUCUCAUAGUAUUGUA